AUGUCUAUCCCAACAGAUACUCCGUCAACAAAUCCACCAGCCAAAAAAGAAGAUGUACCAAUUUCAAUACUAUCAAGAGUAGAUGCAUUAUCAACUUCACCAAUUCCUGCUGGAUUAUUAUCAGCAUCAUUAUUAUUAAAAGGUUUUACAAGUUCUGGUUCUUCAGCUUCAUCAACAAUACCAAAUUCAGGUACUUCUGGUUCAUCAUUUGCAUUUCAUAAACAAAUUAAAAAUUCAAAACCUACAAAAUUUGGUUGUUUAGGAUUUGGUUCAAUAAUGGCUUUAGGUACUUAUCUAAUGAUUGAUGGAGAUCCAUUAAAUGGUUCAGGUUUUAAUUUUGCUUGGUCAUUAUUAUAUUUGAUUGUAAAUGGAAAAUCAAGUAUUUCAAGUUUAUUCAAAGGUCACGUUACACCACUUGGAUUAAGUGGAUUAGCUUUAUUUAACACUGGAUUAUACGGUAGAGAAUUCUUUUGGAGUAAACAAAGUCCUUUCCAAAGCUAG